ACGAGGCGUUUUGAGGGAGACACAGGCGCUGCGCCCACUAACGCUGCACACUAGUUAGGGCGCACCGGAGGAUUUGAGACGCGGCCCGAGAGACAGAAACCCGCUGCUGCGCUUCAUUAGAGCCUCGGUGGGUCUCCAUCAUCCAUCCGUCCCUCAGAGCCGAACCACAGACCCGAUACCGAGCGCACGGAACCGGCGGAUGGACGGAACGCUCGCGCUCUGACGGAAGCUCCACUCGUUCAUCUUCGGCUCGGUUCGGCGCUCCGAUCGCUGUUCGAUCGCUCGCUAUUGUUCGGAUGCGCGACGCUGGGGAUCAAAGAGCCCGAUCGAUUCCCGACCGAACAUGAGUUCUGCUCUCCGCUGGGUUUUAUCGCUGUGCUUCAUCAUCACCAUCAUCAUCAUUCAGCGUGGGGCUCCGUUCCAGGUGGCUUUGCAGGAUGACCACCGGAUGCUGCUGUCGCUGGACGCUGAUGACGUGAGGCCUGAGGCAUCCGUGUAUUCGGUGCGUGUUUCCGGAGAGCCGCACACACACACGCUGCUGUUCACGCGACCCGCCGACGGUCAGACGCUGCCGCAUCCGCUCCAGUUCAACGCCUCAUACCACGGCCUGUGUUACUCCAUCAGUCUGAUGCUCGGGAACGACAGCAGCGCAUCCAGAGCCGUCAGAACCGUCCCUGUGCUCACCAAGCCUCUUCCUCUAGACAGCAUUGAGAUGUCUGAUUACAGUCCGGCUCCAGAGACCGGCGUGAUGUUUCAGAUCCGUUCUCCCGACAGGAACAUCUACACGAGAGUAAACAUCAGCUACAUGGAGGGCCGACAGCCACGCUACAUGCUGUAUAAAGAUUUCCUCAAAGGGAAGACGGUGUUCAAGCACUGGCUGUCGGGCACGUGUUACACCAACAUCAGCUUCCAGCUGGUCUCAGAGGCCACAGUCAACAGGAGCACGCUGGUGAGCCACAGCGACGUUACCCAUGAGCCCCUGCGCCACCGCACCGUCCCGAAUCCUCCUCUCAACGUGUCGCUCAAAAUCAUCCACCUCAGCGGCCGAGGAGCGUCCCACAAUGCAUCAGUCUUCCGGCGGGCACGUGACGUCCCUGCGGCUGAAGAACAGGAAGAGGAAGUGAACGGUGUGGAGAUGAGCGUCACGCAGACGCCACUAAACAACGUCACCGUUUAUAGCACCACAGCCGAACCCAACAGCACUGAGCUGCUGUGGGCGGAGCCGACAGGAAGCCCCGCCCCCACCGAGGAGCAGGAGGAGGAGUUUGUGAACGCGCUGGUGCCAGAAUAUGAGGACUCUAAUGAGCCGGGGUCAGCGAUGGAUGUGACCUUUGAACCCAGUGUGAUGCCCAAGCCACUGCCGCCCAUCCUGCUGGAGCUGCGCUGGUUACCGCCGCGGCCGCCCGCCGCUUACGACGGAUUCAACAUCUACAUCCACCGCGACGGAAACUCCACAGAAACGGCGACGGUGGAUGAGAACACACACGAGUUCUUCACCGAGCUCUCAGAAGCAGGAACGUAUGGCGUUCACGUCACAACACUCAGUUCGUCUGGAGACUGCGAGGCCCGAGAGAGUUCAGCCGACACCGGAUUCACCUUCUACCUCAGUCCGGCGGGUGAGUGGAUGGAGCAGCCGCAGGAGCGUCCGCAGGAGGUCAGUGUGAAGAUGCUGGACUCCAGCACGGCUGCUGUGUCCUGGGCUCCGUCGCGUCACAGAUAUAACGGCAGUCUGAUCUCGGUGCUGUCGCUCACCUGUCUGCGGCCCAGCAUCAGCCAGCGCAUGGAGAACACCUACUGCUCCGAGGAGAACAUCACCAGUGACAUCAUCAGCAGCCUGACCCCCGGCGCUCAGUACAGAGUGAUGGUUUAUCACACCAACGGGCCGCUGGUUAGUCCCCCGUCCGAGCCGGUCAUCAUCGACAUCGAGCCGACAGGUGUGCAUGAUCUGGUGGUUUAUCCGCUCAGUCCCAGUGCUGCCAUCCUCAGCUGGCAGCGGCCGUAUAACGUGGCCUUCAGAAAAUACGUCCUGCAGACCUUCUUCUUCAACUCGGCCACGCAGACGUCUCAGUGGACCACUUACUACGAGAUCGCCGCCACCGCGUCCGUCAUCGCCUCUGUGAGAGUGACGGAUCUGUUGCCGGCCUGGUUCUAUAACUUCCGCGUGACGAUGGUGACGUGGGGCGAUCCUCCGCUGAGCUGCUGCGAUGCUUCUACCGUCAGCUUCGUCACAGCUCCUGAAGCUCCUCACAUCUCGUCGGUGGAUUACGCUCACGGGACGCUGUUCGUGCGCUGGACUUACGGCGAUCUGUUCACCGAUCUCUCGCAUUCGCGGAUGCUACACUGGCAGCUGACGGCUGAAGGGAAGAAGGGCGCGAGGAGACGCUACUCCAUCGACGUGACUCGCAACAUGAUGAAGGCAUCUCUGACUCUUCCUCCCGGAGACAUCUACAACCUGACCGUCUCCGCCUGCACCGAGAGGAACGGCGUCGUGGACUUCUACCAGAUCGUCUGCAGACCGCUGCGAGUCAACAGAGAGAGCAAAAAGGUACGAGAGCCGCUGCUGACCGCCGCUCAUGUUGUGACCGUAUCCGGACUCCAGCCGUCCACUUCAUAUAACUGUACCGUGAUCAGCAGCAGCUACAGCAGCGUCAGUGACCCGGCGUACAUCACCGUCAGCACGACCGUGCGCGAGAUGAACCCGAGUGUGGCGGCGAUCUCGGCGCUGGCGGUUCUCAGCGUUCUGCUCAUCAUUCUGCUGGUGCUCUUCCUUCUGGUGCUGCGCAAGAAACACAUGGAGCUGAGCCGGGAGUGCGGCGCUGAAACCUUCGUGAAUUUCGCCUCUUUCGAGCGAGACGGGAAGCUGCCGUAUAACUGGCGCAGGAGUCUCUUUGCGUUCCUCACGCUUCUGCCAUCCUGCCUUUGGACUGACUAUCUUUUGGCCUUUUAUAUUAAUCCGUGGAGCAAAACGGCGCUGAAGAAGAGGAAACUAACCAGUCCCGUUCAGCUCAGUGAUUUCGAUGCUUACAUCAAAGACAUGAGCAAAGAUUCGGCGUACAAGUUCUCGCUGCAGUUCGAGGAGCUGAAGAGCGUCGGUCUGGAUCUGUCUCAUGAAGCGGCCGAUCUGCCUGUCAACAGACCCAAGAACCGCUACACCAACAUCCUGCCCUAUGAUUUCAGUCGAGUGAAGCUGAUCUCUCUGCACAACGAUGAAGGCUCAGAUUACAUCAAUGCAAACUUUAUUCCUGGUUAUAACUCUCCACACGAGUUCAUCGCCACGCAGGGGCCGCUGCCCGAGACCAGGAACGAUUUCUGGAAGAUGGUCCUGCAGCAGAAGUCUCACAUCGUCGUCAUGCUGACCCAGUGUAACGAGCGCAGGAGGUGUUUCUGGCUCCUGCAGGCUGAUGAAACUCAAGACGUUCUGCACUUUAACUACACCUCGUGGCCGGAUCACGGCGUGCCGACAGUCAACGCCAUCGAGAGCAUCUUACACUUCGUUCAGAUUGUACGGCAGCAGGUCAACAGGACCAAAGGGCCCAUCGUGGUCCACUGCAGUGCUGGAGUGGGUCGCACCGGCACCUUCAUCGCUCUGGACCGGCUGAUGCAGCACAUUCAGGAACACGAGUAUGUGGACGUCUUGGGACUGGUGUCAGACAUGCGCUCACACAGGCUCUCCAUGGUCCAAACCGAGGAGCAGUACGUGUUCAUCCAUCAGUGUGUCCUGCUUAUGUGGAAAAAGAAGAAGCAGCAGACGCACACGAGUGACGUCAUCUAUGAGAAUGUCAGCAAGUCCUAAUGAAGUCCGACGCUCCUCAUAUCAGUGUUGACAGACGUGCUACAUCGACACCAAAACCCAACCGAGCGGCGGCCGCGGAGGACAACCCUUCACUCAUUUACUCCCAUACACGCUCUUAUUAAGCGGACGAACGACAGAACCAAUCCGAUGCCUUAAACGAGCUGCCGCAUUCUCCCGUCUCCGCAGAUUCCGUCCGCAUCUCGUCUGUAGUGUGUGAAUCUCAGGAUCAUCUGGAUGCGUGUAAAGUGUGUCUCGUGAGUUUAUAUCGCACUCUGUCUGUACUAGUGUUAGUUUCUACGUCUCCGGAGGAGAUCGAAGAACCGGAUCCUCCUGUUGGCAUGCACAUGUAAACACGGUUCGAACCUGACGGCCUUUGAUCACUGCCACACACACACCAUCUGCUUUGGGUAUAAAGGACAGAUGCAGACGAUCAUAUGUGUUGCUGUGUGUAGAGAGGCUGCGCUUCUGUGAUUUCUGCUAAAGCUGGGCUUCAUCUGCAAGCGUCCGGAUGUUCACUGGAGCGGCGUUUGCACAGUUCGGACCGAAUCGCUCGCUGCUGCUGAAUCUGACCCCGUUGUGUUCGCUGAACGAUGCAUGCUGCAAACUGACAGACGCAAGAUUAGUCUCAUCUUUAGGUUUAGACUCCAGCUCAAGAGUGUUCUGUUCCGUCAGACACACCAGUGAGCUCACAAACGUCUUUACAGAUGCAGAGAUGUAAUAUCAACUAAGUGUCGAGCUGUAAAUACUGAAACUAAAGCAACUCUGUAUUGUGUUGGAUGAACUGAUCGAAACUCUCUCUCCAGAACGGGCUUCACUUGAUGGGUUUUCUUUCGUUUGUGUCAGAACUCGUUUGUCUUUUGGUGCCAUUCUUGUGUAUCGUGUGACUUCAAGUAGCCGAGCAAUCCACAGUCGCCACCACGAGUUUAAUGCGUGUUCAUUUGGGAAAAAAUAAAGGUUUGAGUACGUGUUCUUACGAGCUGGAAAUGAGUGGUUUUGUGUGAAGAAUAAAAGACGUCUGUAGACCUCAGUCCACAUGAGCUUCAAGCAGACUGCUGUUCCUCUUCUUGCGUCUAUGCUGUGUGUAUCUUUUGCAAUAAUUGGCUGCAAAAAGGCUCAAAAUGCAUAUUAAAUGCAUACAAAAAUAUGUGCCAAUAGGGUCAAAAACAAAUGUUGUG